UUCUUCCAUGGGCGUAUCGGGUCAAUCCAAACCCCGUGGCUAUUCGCGCCUGGACCAGAUGAAUGCAAUUGACAUAGACUCAGAUGUUCUGCCUUCAGACGAACGAGAGGCCCAUGUGGUUCUUGUUGGCCAAUGCCCAGGCCUGGUGUCCCACUGGGCCAGCCUUUGGAUCUUUGAUGAUGGAACAAUCUGGUCUGUGGAGUUGUCAGCAGUGGACCCUGACAAUGGAGCACGUUGGGGCUCAAGCCAUUGCAGGAUGAAGCUUUUGGUGGUCGACAUGGAUGGUGAUCGAAGGAGGAGACUUUUGCCGUGCUUGUUUGGACCGCUUCCGGCGCUGCAACAUGUACCCGAAAGGCCGUGGCCAACAAGUUCAAGAUGCCCUUAACGAGAUUUGGCCAUGUGAAAGUGCUGAAAUCAGGGAGUUUCUCUUUUUCAUUGAUGCAGUGCUUUCGACAGAUGACCCGAAGAAAGAGUUUCUAAGAGCGAUGGACCGCAUUUGGCCAAUGGCAUCAGAGCAAGAUCUGGAAUACAUUGCAAGAGUUCUUUUUCUGACUUUCUUUUGACAACUCUGAAAGGUUGCAAGAUGAUGUAAUCCAAAGAGGGCUAGAAAUUCAUUUGCAAAAGUUCCCGGAAGUAUCAUAUGAAACGAUCCAAGGCCUCUUUCACAGUUUAGUUGACAUUGUGCAGUCUGGAGAGGAGUGCAGGAAGAGGUUCAGAGGAUCUAUGAACCUUCUGUGGCCAGUGGAUCCCCGCCGCAGAUUGGCUGAACGACUUUUGCUGAAGUACUUGGAUCACUUUGAGUAUGAGAUUUUGGACACAGAUGGGCCGAUCCGGGUAAGGACAUCGCUUUCUAGACUCAAGGAAGCAGCGGAAAAGAACCCCAUUAUUGGGUCACGUUAUGAUUUGCUGUUCAACAACUGUCAGUUGUAUUUGGUGCAUCUUUUGUACAAACAGUAUGACGUGGAAGGGGUACGGAUCCCCUGGAAUAUCGGUGCACUUGUCGCUGCACCCCUUCUGGUGAUCAUGGAAUCCAUUUUCAUCCUUGCAUAUCUGCAUUUUGGUGGCAACUCAUCUCUGAAUCAGAUACCAUUCCCAGCAAUGGCAUUCGGCUUUCUUUGGAUCCCAGCGGAAAUACUUUUUCUUUGCAUUUACUUAAACCGUUUGGCAUAGCGAACUGACUGGUGUGAGUGUGACAUAUGGGAGGCGCCAUGCGAUAAGGCUUUUUCACUGGGAUUCGUGGCUAUUUUCCUUUACACAAUUUAUUUUUUUGCGCUCUGUGUUUUGGGUGCCUGCUUUGGGCACUGGUGGUUGCAAGACUCGCGGAGUGUGACGAUCCCGACGAUAAGCGUUUGUUUGGACAUGAUUCUGGUUUGGCUCGCAGGAAUAACGAACUAUUCUGAUCGUGAUGACAGGCCUUUUCGUGAUCGUGGCUUUGUAUUGUGGCUCUUUGCACUGGUUCCUGUCAUGGCCGCUGGAACUGAUCAUCCCGAUGGCAAGCCUUAAUUUGGACUUGCUUCUGGUUUAUCUGGCAGGCGCCACGAACUAUGUUGAUCGCAAUGCGAGGUGGAGAACUUGCGCCUGCGGACAUUCGGAAAAAGGAAGCGCCAGGGCACUGGGAGGAGGCCCAACCGCUACAAAGUCGCCCAAAACGCGUGGCCUGGAGGUGGAACGCCCCCAGCGACGGAGUGAAGCGUUCCGAGCUUUGGAGGAGGCG